AUUGGAUUCCAUGUCCUAACGACCUACCUUUCUUCCCCUUUUGAUUGUUAUUUCCACCUUUUCACUGAUUUCAAUUACUCUGUUUUUCCCCCUUCCUCCCUUUCCUUUUCCGUCUUUGAUUUCGCUCCCCUUCCUAUUUUGCCCGAUUGCGGAGACAGGGUAUCUCCCAACUUCCAUUUUCUCCCCAUUCUCUCCAUUUUUUUACCAAUUACCCAGUUGCCAAAAUCCCAAAAUUGAAAAUGGGUUUCGUUCAUUCUGCUUGUAUCUCAUCAAUGGUAGCAUUGCUCUUGCUGCUGGCACUGAGCUGGGGAAUCCAAAUGACUGCGGCGGCCGGAGAAGGAGGAGGAAGGAGCAGCGAUGGGCAGUGCGAUCACAAGCCGAGCUUGGACCCGAGGCCGCACAGUGUUUCGAUCUUGGAGUUCGGCGCCGUCGCCGAUGGGAAAACGAUGAACACAGUCGCUUUCCAGAACGCCAUUUUUUACCUCAAGUCGUUCGCCGAUAAGGGCGGCGCCCAGCUUUAUGUACCGCCAGGGAAAUGGCUCACCGGAAGCUUCAAUCUUACUAGCCACCUCACUCUGUUCCUCGCCAAGGGCGCUACCAUCCUCGGAUCACAGGUUAACCAGUCGCAUUGGGAUGUUGUUGAGCCAUUGCCGUCGUACGGCCGUGGGAUUGAGCUUCCAGGAGCAAGAUACAGGAGUUUGAUCAAUGGGUACAAGUUGCGGGAUGUGGUGAUAACCGGCGACGAGGGAUCGAUCGACGGGCAGGGCAAGGUGUGGUGGGACUGGUUCAACGCCCGUUCGUUGAACUACAGCCGGCCUCAUCUCGUCGAGUUGGUUCAAUGUGAAGACAUUGUCGUCUCCAAUCUCACUUUCCUCAAUGCCCCUGCUUACAGCAUCCAUCCGGUCUAUUGCAGCAACGUUCUUGUCCAGAAUAUCUCAAUCUCCACACCAUCAGAGUCUCCUGGCACAGUCGGCAUAGUGCCAGAUUCAUCCAACAACAUAUGCAUAGAGGACAGCACCAUCGAGACGGGGCACGACGCCAUAGCCUUGAAAAGCGGGUGGGACGAGUACGGCAUCUCGUACAAUCGACCGACGAUGCACGUCCACGUGCGGGACGUGCAUCUCAAGUCGUCCUCGGGGGCGUGCAUCGCCCUGGGGAGUGAAAUGUCCGGCGGGAUCUCGGACGUCCAGGGCGACGACAUUCGUAUGCACGACUCCCGCGGUGGAAUCGAGCUGAGGACGAAUCGUGGUAGGGGCGGAUACAUUCGGCGCGUGUUCUUCUCCAACGUCCAGAUGGAGGAGGUCGAGGUCGGGUUGGUUGCGAGGGGCGACAUGGGGGACCAUCCGGACGAUGGGUUCGACCGGGAAGCGGUCCCCGUUGUUCAGGGGAUCACGUUCAGGGAUGUUGUCGGCCUGAAGGUUGGUCUGGCGGGUAAUUUCACCGGAGCGGAGGGGAUACGGUUUGGUACGAUAUGUUUGUUGAACGUGACAUUGACGUCCGGGGAACCGUGGGUUUGCUCGGGCGUCGACGGGUUCUCGGAGGACGGAGAUCGUGUCUCCGGAACCGUGCCAGGAACUGGCGAAUGCAGAGAAGAGUUCUUCGUCGUGUUAUGACGUGAUGGAUUAUUCUUAUGGGAGAUCAUUCAGCUUGUGAUGAUAUGAUAAAUACAUACCAUUUUGUUUGUGGGUAAAUGAUGUGAAGAAAAAAGAGAGAAAAAAGGGGGCAAAUUGGGUGUCUUGAAUUAUAGAGUUUAGGGCAGAUUCUUUUCCAAUAAGACCACAAUUGUUUAGAGAGAGCAUUUUAUUUGUUUCUUUUUUCGCUUCUUGUUUGGAGUCUCUGCAGAUGAUGAUUUAUUCGUGUACAGCUUUCCCCAAUUCUUCAUUCAUGGUGUAAGAAGGAAAAUUUUGGUAGUGAUUUUAAUUUUAUUGCAAAGACUUUGGAGGAAAGGAAGGGAAAAGGCAAAAGGAAAGAAGGAAAACAGAGCUAUUUGUAUUUUGUGUAUUUUAUGUUAGGGCUAAU